AUGCAAGAGAACGUAAAGACAAAGAUAAAUGAUGCCAAAUCGUGUCUGAUGAACUUUUUGACAGAUGCCAAAAAAAAAGCGCUUUUUUUGGAAAAGUCAGAUUCAAACAUUUUGGACAAAUCAAGUGAAAAAUCAGAAAAUAGGUAUGUGAGCAGCUCAAGUGGUGAAAAAACGAGCGGAAAAUGUAGAGAUGAUUUAGUGGCUCCUGAUGAUGAUUCGGAAGCUUUAAAAAAAAGAAAAACCGGAACUGUGCUGAGCAAACGAAGUGAAAAAUGUGUGCCCUCGAAAAGUGAAAAGGACACAAAAGACAGUAUUUCGAAGUCUGGGGAGAUACAUGAUGACUCAUGCGAAGUGGUAUGCCAAAAUGACACACCCGAAAACGAUGAAUUCGAAAAGAACACCUCCCCAUGGGAUAAACAAAUAAAAAGAAGUAAUCUCUCAGAUGCAGAGUAUAUAGAAAGUCUCAAGUGUGAAAUUGACGAAAAAAAGGGAGAAGAAUCUUUACAAAAAUAUGAGAACACGAAAAAAAACCUUAUAAUGUUAGUAAAGUCCUUCGGAUAUAAGGGUAUCAAAAUUGAAAAAAUUUCUGGAGAAUAUUGUAAAAAAUAUAAUGCAUUGUUGAAUCUGAGUCAUGCAGGAUUUUCUAACAUUUACGAUUUGAUAAAAAGUCUGGAUCACUGUUUGAUAUGUGAAGAAAUAAAAGAAGCGGAAAUAAAAGAAGAGGAAAUAAAAGAAGCGGAAAUAAAAGAAGAGAAAAUAAAAGAAGAGGAAAUAAAAGAAGAGGAAAUAAAAGAAGAGGAAAUAAAAGUAGAAGAUAAAACAGACGAAGUAGUGGAACAUGUGAACAAUGAGAAUGACAAGAAUAAGGGAAUAAUCCCUAUGACCUACGAACAAGAAAAAUCACAACAAGCAGAUGAAACUAAUGAUACAAUCGAAAAUGAAGAGAAGCAAAUAAAUGACAAGGAAGAAAAAAAAACAAAAGUAGUAGUAAAUGAGAAACAUAACCAAAUUGUGGAAAAUAAUUUAAUCAUAAAAUAUAAAACUCCCAAAAUGAAUGAAGACAAAAUUUUUUUCCUUAAAAUUAUUCUAGGAACUGUUGCAGAAUGUACAAACUAUAAUCCAGAGUUAACAGAUAAUGAAACACCAAUAAAUAAUAGUUUAUCAUUAACUAAAUUACAACAAGAGGUAAGGAAAUUAUUCGGAUCAUUUUUUAAUUUAAAAAUUUUACAAACAAGAUGUGGAAUUGAUAAAUUACAAACCUUCUUAGAAGAUAUACAAGAAAUACAAACUAUAUCAUGUCCUAAUGAUAUAAAACUUAGGAUCACUCCAGAAACAUUUAGUUAUAAAAUACCAGAAUUGAAAUCCAUAAAAUUGAUAAGAAGCAAUGAAUUCAAAUUUAAAUCCCCAUCAAAAAUCAGUAGUAAAAAGUUCCCUAUUUCCACACACUUAAGUGAUAAAGAUUUUCGAUUGAAUUCUUUAAAUGCAGCAGAAAGUAUCCUCGGUGCACUUAAUAACAAAAACAGAUACUCCUCCAUUGGUACUACACACUUGGAGAAUGGAACCACUACAACUACUGGAACCUCUGACAGGAACGGUUUUAAAAAGAAAAAAUCACAUUCUAAUGCUAGUCUAGCAUUAUUGAAUUCUUCGAAAUUGCAUGAACGAAUCUGCAAAAGCGUUAGUGGAGGUAAGACUCCACUUUACACAGCAGGAGAAAAGGGUCGUCCUCAUGUUGGAAUCGACAGCUUCGUUUUCAGCAAUAUGGCUAGCAAUGUGGUUAGCGAUUGUGACAACGGUAUUGCAUUCGAAAUCAACAGAAGCUUCUCAAAUGACCCGUAUGCCAAUUUGUUAAACAAGUUAAAUGGCAAAGAUAGCAGCAUCAAUUCAGGUGUUCAUGUGGGUAUGAGUUCGAACGAAUGGAUAGGGAGACAACACACGAACGAGUUAGAUAACCAUAAGGAGAACUUAAUCCAGAUGCAAAACCCAAUCCAGAACACGCGCCACAGCCAAAAUUCCUACAUCAAAAUAUUAACAAAGACACAGUUGCACAUUCUUCUAUACCAGCUAAUAGUUCUCCUAACCGAGAGACAAAAAGUGGAGUGGGACGAGAUAAGCAGAAUUAAAGACUCACUUCUAAAUCAGAGUCGUAGUAAAGCAUACCAAAAUAAAAACCUGGAAUCCAACCAACAGCAGAUGAACAGUAGCAUCCAAGUGAACAUAAGCAAAAUCGAAUGUACUAGCGAUAGUGCCAUUGUGGGAGGUACUGAUGCAUGCACUAUUCAGGAGGAACAAUUGGAGAAAAAAAUCGAAGUAAAAGAAAUCCAUUCUACUGAAGUUCAUGGACACUCUACUGAAGGGCAAAAAAAUUCAGCAACAAAUGUAUCAUCUGAUUUCAUGAAUGAAAACUUUAGCACUCAAGAAACUUCGAAUUUGUACAAAUCUGAAAACAUGGGAGAUGAAAAAUACACGAAAAAUGAUCACUUAUCCAAUAAUUUUGAGAAGGAAAAUAAUACAGCAUCUGAAAAAUUCAUAGGUGUAUUUGUUUCUUCAAUCAAGAGUGAAUGGAAUAAGGCCUACAUGGAACAGUACCCUUUAAGUUUUUAUUUAAAUUAUUACAAAGAAAAAAAACUUAGAAGACUAAUUGAAGAAAUUCCUAAUCUUGUUAUUGUAGGAUAUAGUAGAAAUAUGCAAAUCUUUACUUUAGAUACCGCUCAAGAUUAUUUUGACAAUUUCUUUUCUGAAAAAUCUACUAAUUUGAAAACAUUCGCUAGAUCUAGGUUCACUACAUUGAGCACCUCAAACUAUUUUAAGGAUACCACUUAUAAGGAACUUGCCCAGGAAUUCAUCAAUGGAAUAUAUGAAAAUAUGAUGAAAAUCCUUGGAUUUUAUUACCUCAAGCCACCCCAAUUGAGUGUCAGCAAGAGUUAUGAAAAAAUUAUGAACAAGUCCAGAAAAAACAGGAAUAGCAAUAACUUAUCUACAUGUAUAAAUUAUAGCAACCAAAAUUUCACGAGUCUGAAUGUGGGAAGUCCUAACUUAUCCUCUCCCCCAAGCGAGAGUAAGCCAUUUUUUCACAGCAAUAGCAAGCCACUUUUUCACAGCAAUAGCAAGCCACUUUUUCACAGCAAUAGCAAGCCACUUUUUCACAGCAAUAGCAAGCCACUUUUUCACAGCAAUAGUAACCCCUUUUUUGAAAACGAAAGUAUUCGUGUUCUAGAAAAUGACAACUUAGAAGUGCUGAGAUAUCACUUGCACAAACUCCUAUACAAUCUAGUGAUCCAUGUUUGCAAGAAUCAAAAUUUGCUAUAUCUAGCAUAUAAGAAAAAUGGUAUAAUAUUGAGCGAAUACGAAAUGAAUAAACAGAUGUGUGGCCCAAUUUACUACUCCUCUGAUUUGACGUAUGAAGAUUUCAUAACAACUAAACAAACUUUUUUUGAAAAAGAACAAGUAAUGAAAAGCGUUUUUCUUUUAUCUCAACAUGGAAUCUAUGGAAUCAAAUUCAUACAUCUAACUAAUGAGUGGUAUAAAUUGUACAAGUGUGAAUUACGACCUCUUAUGCGAGUAUGUAAAUAUGAACAAAUUGGGAAAAUGAUUUCGAGCUUACCAAAUGUCUUAGUAGUAGGAGAAGGAUUCGACACGAAAUAUAUUCCUAAUAUGCAACUUCAUGCAGAGAGUAACCGCUUGGAUAUAUUUUCAAAUCCCCUCAUUCCGAAAAUGGCCUCUGACAAUCCCCUGCAACACAUCCCAACUUUUCAAAAGAGAUCCCUUGGGGAACCAAAUAUCAAGACGCAUAAAAAAAGCGGACCGUAUGAGAGUAUCAUGGGAUUGCUCUUUCCAGAUAUAAUAUCCCAAAGGAGUAGUGGGCACAUACAGAAAUAUCACAGAGGAAGUACUUCUUUUUUCAAGGAUAAUAAUCAAUAUAAAAAGAACAAAUCUGCAUUCCCAGGCAUGUGUAAUGGGUACACAUUUAAGAAUGACAUAAAUAUAAAUCAUCUCUUCAAAAAUUUGUGA